CGCACCCUCAAAAUGGCCGCCCGCCAUUCUACCUGGACGCUGUCCUACCGCGAACGUGCCGCGCAUCCAUCCAUUGGGCCCCUCGCCCAAUACCUCCUCCGCCUCAUCUCCAUCAAGAAGACAAACUUGUGCCUCUCCGCCGACGUUGAGACCUCCGCGGAGCUCAUUGCCCUCGCCGACGAGGUGGGCGACUCGAUAUGCAUAUUAAAGACUCACUGCGACAUCGUCACCGACUGGACAGAGCGCACCGCCAAAGCACUACGCACCCUAGCCCAGAAAAAAUACUUUGUGAUAUUCGAAGAUCGUAAGUUUGCUGAUAUUGGAGGUACUGUCCAGAAACAGUACACCUCGGGCUACCACCGCAUCGCAAACUGGGCCGAGAUCACGAACGCACACAUUCUCCCCGGCCCUGCCAUCGUUACUGCCCUCCACCAAGCUGCCACCCAGACUAUUCAGAAAUACAACACUACCGUGCACACCGAGAUCUCAGCCUCUCCUCCGCCCUCAAUAGCUAAUGGCGAUGACGGUGACAACAACAACAACCACAACGGUGGCGACGACGACGGCGACGACAACGAUGACCAGGUCGACAACGAGGUUGCUGUCGAAUCACCCCCAGAGAUGGAAGGUGCCGAUGACAGACGCUUGAGCAUCAAGCCCAUGGACCGCAAGCAUAGUGUCGUCAGCAUCAGCACAACUAUUUCCACGCGGACAGAGAGCAUAUCCCCGCGGCCACAGCCUGACUUCCACCCAGAUGAGGUUUUUGCCCUCGACACCCCCACGCUUCUGUCCCGGCUUGGCGAGCCACCUUUCCUGCGCUCGCUCCUCCUACUUGCCGAAAUGAGCUCCGCAGGCCACCUCUUGACACCCGAGUAUUCGCGGAAGUGCGUAGACAUCGCACGACAAAACCGCGAGUUCGUCAUGGGUUUCAUUGCUCAGCGGAGUCUCAACACCGAACCUGAGGACAACUUCUUGACCAUGACUCCCGGAUGCCAGUUGCCUCCGCCAGGCCAAGAGGGGAAGAAGCUAGGCGACGGAUUGGGCCAGCAAUACAACACACCGAAGAGCCUGAUCUAUGACAAGGGCUGCGACGUCAUCAUCGUCGGUCGCGGUAUCGUGAACGCGCCGAAUCGGCGAGCAGAGGCGGCGCGCUACCGCAGUGAGGGGUGGAAAGCAUACGAGGAGCGGAUUGGGGUUAAGAAGGGGUAGAGACUUCCCUCACCCUUAUUCUUAUCCCACGCACUUAGAGCCCAACCCAUUGAACCUUAGAAACGGAGAGGCUUGCGCUGAUUAUGUGCAAUCCUCAGGUUUCAUUCAGCAGACUAUGCGCUUUUGUCUCGCGCCCAAGGACAUGCGACUCGCCCAAUAUCCCUCUCGUUACGUAAGAUGAAGAACACCAUCAUGCAGUCGGAAAAGGAAAAGGAGAAGGAGAAGCAGAAGGAAAAGGAAAAUGGUCAAGAAAAGGAAAUUUUGCAUUUUACGGCGUAUGCGAAUUGGCGUGGAAUGAUUUAGCACCAUGUGGGGCUAGGCCUGGGCAUUGGUAACGGGAACACGCCCGCCAUGGAGAGCAGGUCAUGUGCUCGAAAAUCGGGCACAGUUGGCAAUUAGGAGGGCCUUCGGGUAGUCUGGAGUUUUAGCCAGGGAUCGAUCGGGAUGGUGGCGGGAGGAAAUGUUGAUGCAUAGCUGGGUAGUUCUUGGC